GACAAGUUUUUCAGAGAUUCAGUGCAAAAACUUUUAGAGGAGAAGUUGUACAUUCGGAGAAGAAAUGAAAAACAGUUAACAAGAGAAAGAAAAGAGUGGGUGACAAAAUGGAGAAUACAAAAAUAUGAGGAAAAAAGUAAAAGAACGAGAGGAAAAUCUAGCUCGACAAAAACGUGAGAAUGAUGCAAAGGUAGCAAUGGAGCGCAAACUGGCAGAAUUGGAAAGAGUUGAAAAGGAGGAGAAAUUGAAGCGUGAUUUAGAGCUGAGUAGUUUGAAGACUCCGUCGGAGAGUGACACACAGAGUAUGUUGCAAAGAUUUGCUCAAAAGUUUAAAGUUUCAACUGAGGCUAGAAGUGAGGAAAGCUAUAUACGCGAUCCUGGUGUUACACCAAAUGACGGCAUGAAAUGGCUGAAAAAUAAGAGCAAUCCGCAAUCUUUGGGUUGUAAUCCUGCACAAAAUGUUCAACCUGCAUCCUCAAUACCAAGGUCUGCCUCUGAUCAUAUCGGCUUGCCUUCAAGGGCAGCUAGAGAAGGAUGUGGAAUGCGUGGCCUGCAGGAGACAAGCAUCAACCUACCCAGGAGCAAUGAGAGCAGUACUGGCUUUAACAUCUUGCCAGGAAACAGGAAGAAUACUGGUUCAACAGGUGUUUCUAAAUACUUUAGUCUGCCAAACAGACACACACAUGACAGUAGUGAGCCUUCACAAUUAAGCAGUUUGCCGCCUGAACCAUCUAUUGGCGAUCUAGAAGAAGACUUCAGGUCUGUUGGACCUGGUUCACAUAGUGGAAGGUCCCUGCACCAGGAUCCAGGGCAGGGAUCAGGCACUCACUCCCCCAGCCAACAAAGCAGAGGAGCCACAUCAGGUUCUUUAAGGUCACAGUUGGUUACAGAGACUGCUCCUCGGACACUAGAACAAGACUGUUUCGGUUCAGACUGUGGGCAAGUUGACCCAUCCGUCUUGACGACAGCUAAACCUGCAAAAGAGGUUCACUACCAUUACCAUUAUUAUAGUGAAACAAAAGAUCGUUCACAGGCAAGGAAGAAGGAGCAAGCUCCUUUGAACAUAGUUGGGGCCACAGUUGUUCAGAUAGGGAAUGACAACACAGUGAAGAUGCUAGGUGGCCAGGUUCUGGAGGGAACAGAGGAGGUUCCGAUGGACAGCGAGGAGGAAGACCCUCCUACUGUGCGGAAGGGACCAGAAGGAGUGCCUGGUCAGUCAUCAGUUUCAGGAAGUCAGCCUCCAUCUACCAUAUACCAAGACAACAACCCUUCAGUGGCGCCUCAUCGCCCAUGCCCAGUACACCUGCCCUCCAGGGCUCCAGAGCCACCUCGGUUCUCGCAUACUACAGCUGCAGCAGCAACUCCAUCACAGCAUGUGGCGCCAAGAAAUCAGAAAGGCCAACCAGCAGCAUCCGCUAAUGUCUCAAGUACAGCUCAACAUCUUCCGCGGAGCUCCUCAGCAGCAGCAGCACCAACUGUGACAUCGUUAGGGCCGGUGAACUCAGGAUUUGGGGACAUGCCGAGUGUGCAGAGACACACCAGUGAAUCCCUGUCCUCAUUGCCACCUCAGCCAUCUGCUAGGGUGAGGCCUGUGGGUGUGGCAGCCCUGAUGCCCCGGGGGGUUGGUGGGAAGGAGGGCGGUGGUAGUAGUGGGGACUCCUCUCACGAGAACAUUUCCACUGUGAAUGAACCAGCUGUCUCAGCACUACAGAAUGUGGGAACACCACCACAAGAACAGAUUGAAAUGGCUACGGAAAGUGUUGAAAGUUCUCCAGGAGAUAAUGAAGACCCAAUUACAGAGCAGACACUAGCAAAACAACGAGCUCUUGAGUGUGAAGUGGACUAAAGUUGACUAAAGUGGACGCUGUGUGAGUGUGGCUAUAUCAGAUGGCAGACAAUGGAGACAGCUUAUGCUUCAGUAUUUAAUGGUGAGAGUGCCAUGGUCAUUCUGUGCAGACAUGCCGUGGUCAUUCAUCAGUGGAGACAGUGCUGUGGUCAAUCAGUGGAGACAGUGCUGUGGUCAAUCAGUGCAAACAGUACUGUGGUCAAUCAGUGCAAACAGUGCUGUGGUCAAUCAGUGCAAACAGUGCUGUGGUCAAUCAGUGGAGGAGGUGGCACAAACAAAUGUCAUGUGAUAGUGAACUAGAGGAAGCCUUUUAAGUCACACAGAUACUGUAACUAUGGUAACCAUAAUUGAUUAUAGUCAGACAUUAAGCCUGAUAUAUUUAAGUGUUAUUCACGAGUGGUAAUAAUUCAGACAGGAUUGACUUCUGGUCUUCAAGUAUAUGUUUUCAGUGCGGUUCCAUACAGGUGCUUUUUUCCUACCCAAGCAAGUGACCACCACCUUGUCAGGACAAGGAUAUGCAGCUUCACUGUCUGUAAAUUGGGGCUCAGAUUUCAUGAAGUGCAUCUUUCAUUCUGCAUGCUAUACUGAAUAUGUCAUGUUUCCUUAUUAUUUUUGUAUCAUAGGAAAGUUUGUUUCCACAUGACCAGUAUGUAACACAAUUUUAAAUGCUGAGAUACACUGUGCAGAUCCAGAUUUCUGUUUAGUCUUUCAAUGUUUGAAUCCACUGAUAGUUCUGAAACCAGGGCCUCUAAAAGUCAAUUUGUGCAUAAUAUACCUCCAUUUGUCAUCAUGGUGUAUUAUCAAGCAGCCGUAGAGUGUUGGUCCACCUUGACACAUGAUGCACUAACACAAACGUAUGUUAACCGUCACACGCCUGGAUGCGUCGUGAUAGAACGGGACAAAUCGGCUACCAUACAACCUAUCUACCCAUGAGAACCAGGACAAAACGGGCAUCAUGUGUGAAACAACCGUGACAAAACGCCAAACAAAUGUGGCUGACCGCAACAAAAGGUGAAAGGACUGUGAGAUGCCAGGGAAUACACAUGCCUCCCGUCCCACUUGGGGCCCACUACAGACCGUCUACAAGCUUAAUUACCGCCUAUUACAUGCUGUCACGUUUUGUUGCGUGCCCCCCGUAGUACUACAGCCUACUAGGCUUCUCAUUAGUCUGUGACGGCCGUGGCAAAUUUUUGAACAGUGUAAAAAUCUGACAUGGUAUCCACAGCAAUCACAGACUGUCACAUUCAGUCCCCCUAUGUUGUCUCAUGUCCAUCACAUUUUGUCUCUGUUUCACUACGUUUCGGCAAAACAGGGCUGCUGUGUAACCCUAGCAUUAUAAGGAAUCAGGCCACGCCCUCUGCUUGUCAGGUGAUAGUAGUCCUUGCCUUUAUCAUUUGCGACUACUAGCCAGAACUUCACUAAUUGCUAUUUUUUGUUUAAAUUUCAAGUUAAUAUGUGUGCCAUAAUCAGAUGAGCUUCUGUGAGCAGGCAGGAUGUUGCUAGACCUGUUCUGUGGUUGAUGCUGCUUGUGCUGUCACCUCUACAUCAUUUCACACAGAAAUGUGUUAGUGAGCUUUGUGACAUUCACCUCAUUAAACCCCGGUGAUGAAUUCUGGUCAUGUACACCACUCACUGCCAUCAUCAUUUUGCAGGCUUGUUAAAAACAGUUGCCAUGGUUACCAGGUGUUUAGCUGUAUAUAUUGCUUAUUUAAUUUAUAGUACAAUGAACUACUGACACCCUGCUAUAACCUUCAAUGUAUGGAUGCUCGGAAAGAGACGACAGCCGUGAUAACCCCACUCACACACCCCAGAGACACGUAGAUUGUUCCACUUUGUGAUAUGACUUUGGAUUUGUGUUCCACCCUAAAGACUGUACAGUGGAGAAAUCAUGUAAUGUGUUCAGACAAACAGUUAUAUUAUAAUAUGUUGACUUUUUGUUACUGUACCAUAGCAAUCUUGCGAAAAGCAACAUCCUGCAAACUGCCAAGUUGCUGCAUUUUGAUAAUGAGAUAGCACAGUAGAAGCAGGAAAUAUCGCAGACAACUGCUAUUGUUUUGGGUUUCUUAACCAAAUGUCAUGAUAUGUACCUGACAUUUUCUCCCAAUGCCUCAAAACCUGUACAGACACAUCCUGUAUCUCUAUGCUCAGUAUCAGCAGUAAUUAGAUUUAUUCUAAAUAUUCUAAAACACCAACAUGCAUUGUUUUGCGGUAUGACAUAUUUGAAAGAUUUUCCUCAAUUCUACCAAUUGUUUGCAGUUGUUGUUUGUUAAUGGCAUGUGAGAGUGAAAUCUUGAUAUUGUUUAUCUCUGCGCUGUAUUUGUAUUUUUUAUACUCACCUGUCAAAACGUGAGAAAGUUAUGGUCAUGAAAAUGUUGCCGUGUAAAUGAGCUUCUGUUCCCCCGCGAAGUCUCUCCUGCACAUCAGCCAAUUCUGUGAUCAGGUAGACGCAAUGCUUGGCUUGUACACACUAAUUAUGUUGAGUUAGCUUGUCACUUGACAACUCUUGACAGCUAUUCAUCAUGUAUAUAUAGCUUUAGGGGUGAAAUGAUACACUGGUUCACGGAUGCAUCUUCGGUUUUCUGGUAAAGAUAUACAUGAUACAUGUUUUGCUGUAUCGAUACAAGAGGAUAUUUGUUGGUAUAACUUUCUACUCAUCAAAUGACACUCUGCUCUGAAAUAUUUGACAUGAAUAUCCACAUAAUGACAUACAUCAUAACCUUGCUGGAUUAUUUCACCCCUAUACAGCAUACAUUUCAGCAUGUAUUGAACUCCAUCAAAAUGGUGAGGGAUGAGUUGUUGUUGAGGGAUCAGUAGCCUUCCUGUACUAGCUGGAGGAUUAAAUCUGGAUGUAAGACAUAGAUGACUCAGAAAACUGUCUAAGGGAUCAGGAAAAGAAGGAAAUCUGUGAUAUCUGCUGGAGGAUGCCUAUAUCUUCCUGUUUCUACAUGUUGUAGCAAUCAGUAUGUUAUUAAGUGGUCUGUUGGAUAGCGUGUGCAUGGAGACCACCUUGGUGGUCUGUUGGAUAGCGUGUGCAUGGAGACCACCUCGGUGGUCUGUUCUAUAGCGUGUGUAUGGAGACCACCUCGGUGUUUUGUUGGAUAGUGUGUGCAUGGAGACCACCUCGGUGGUCUGUUGGAUAGCGUGUGCAUGGGGGUGGUGGUCUGUUGGAUAGCGUGUGCAUGGAGACCACCUCUGUGGUCUGUUGGAUAGUGUGUGCAUGGAGACCACCUCGGUGGUUUGUUGGAUAGCGUGUGCAUUGAGGUGGUGGUCUGUUUUUCGAUAGCUUGUGCAUGGAGACCACCUCAGUGGUCUGUUGGAUAGCGUGUGCAUGGAGACCACCUAUGUGGUCUGUUGGAUAGUGUGUGCAUGGAGACUGCCUCAGUGGUCUGUUGGAUAGUGUGUGCAUGGAGACCACUUUCGUGGUUUGUUGGAUAGUGUGUGCAUGGAGACCACUUUCGUGGUUUGUUGGAUAGUGUGUGCAUGGAGACCACCUCAGUGGUCUGUUGGAUAGUAUGUGCAUGGAGACCACCUCGGUGGUCUGUUGGAUAGUAUGUUCAUGGAGACCACCUCGGUGGUCUGUUGGAUAGUGUGUGCAUGGAGACCACCUCGGUGGUCUGUUGGAUAGUGUGUGCAUGGAGACCACCUCGGUGGUCUGUUGGAUAGUGUGUGCAUGGAGACCACCUCGGUGGUUUGUUGGAUAGCGUGUGCAUUGAGACCACCUCAGUGGUCUGUUGGAUAGCGUGUGCAUGGAGACCACCUAUGUGGUCUGUUGGAUAGUGUGUGCAUGGAGACUGCCUCAGUGGUCUGUUGGAUAGUGUGUGCAUGGAGACCACUUUCGUGGUUUGUUGGAUAGUGUGUGCAUGGAGACCACUUUCGUGGUUUGUUGGAUAGUGUGUGCAUGGAGACCACCUCAGUGGUCUGUUGGAUAGUAUGUGCAUGGAGACCACCUCGGUGGUCUGUUGGAUAGUAUGUGCAUGGAGACCACCUCGGUGGUCUGUUGGAUAGUGUGUGCAUGGAGACCACCUCGGUGGUCUGUUGGAUAGUAUGUUCAUGGACACUAUUGGAUAGUGUGUGCAUGGAGACUACUAUAUGUUUGUACUGAUUGGGGUAACCAUGAUAAAUUGUGGCAUGGUAUGACAGUGGGCUAGAACUCAUAUAUAUUUUCAAAUAUGUCAUUAAAUUGUUUGAUAAUGAAUUGUGUACAGUGUUAGCUGAAUGCAUGGCUAUGUAUAGAUAUGCUUCAAGUGCUUUUGUAAAUUGACAUUCUAAAGCGCCAUCCCUGGAAGAUUUGGAAAAUAAAGUAUGUAUUGUAAUA